AUGAGCGUUUCCUUCCCGGAAAAAGAAGAACUUGAUGCUGAGAGUGAUCCAAGCGGAGCCAAACGCUUUUUUAGAGCGUUCACAAACAACCCGAGUGAGCAGCAAUUUUCCAAGCUGAAGAGAAUGUAUCAUCACAACGACUAUCAAAACCUGCGAGGAGUGAUUCAAAAGACCAUUCAACUAUCAAAAUCAUUGAUCCUAGACUUGAAGAGACGAUCCGGAAAUCGAACAACCGCUGUGCCAUUAUACAAAAACCCCGAUUUCUGUACUUCAGUGUUUUUGAAUUAUACCGGUUUCAGUGCUUUUAAUGAGAAACUUUUCCCUUUUAUGGAAAUUCCGAAAUGCUAUCACUGA